GUUGGUGGCAGCCUUUUCUUGUUUGCGAGUUGUUGCUAGGCAAUGGGAGAACAAACAAUGAAUAUUCACGAAGUGGCGUUGUCUGGACAUAGCAACAUUGUAGUAGAGCGUCUAGUUCAUGCUGUUGUAGCCAUGUCGCUUUCGGCUCCUCCAGCACCAAAACGGUUCGACUUACACCAGACAAGUACGGGAAGAGGCCAUGAUUGGAGGCCAGCAUAUUAUUUCCCUGCUUCUGAUUUUAAGCAAACAAUUCACAAUCCUUUGCCACCACAACUCGCCAAGCAAGAUGAGAUCAUAAAACCUUUCAGCACUACCACAGGAGAUGUUCAUGAUUAUAAAAUGGGUGGUGGAGUGUAUUCAAAUGAUCUUCACAAGAAGGCUCCUGGUAAUUGGAAAGUACAUUAUACAAAAGACACACAUGAAAAACUUCAAGGCAGACAGUGGAGACGACCUUUGACUACAGGUAGCAUGGAAACAGAAAUGCAAGCUAAUUAUAAAGGACUUCCAUCCAAAAUAAACUUCGAUAACUUUGUGCCAGGAACCAAUCCACUGCCACCAUUGCUCGAAAACCACCAUGCAAAUGGUCCAAUGAAGAGUGUGGUUCCAUCAACGGAAAACCAGGAGCUACGAGGUAGACCAUUUUAUGCACGUGAUCCAGCUAUCCUUACUGAGUUAGAUCCUUACAUUAGCACAACACAUAAAGAUCACAGACCAUAUGCAAAACGAGAGCUUUCAGGGUACCCAAAGAAAGAUGCAGCAACAUACUGGAGAUGUGAGGACUACCCUCAAGCAUGGGGACACGGAACUAAGCACAAUCCUCUUCCACCUGGCUCUGUACCAAGGGAACGACUUCCAAUGCGAGAUGAUAUUUGGUUUAAGACAAGGAUAAAGGAACCAGUGAGGUGGCCAGAAAAAUUCAAGAGAGUUCCACACAGUGGAAUGCGGACAGAAAAACAAGCCAAAUACAUUGAACCAUCUGACCUAAGAAUGAAACAAAAUUACCUUUGUCCUGUUGAUACGCCAUGGGUGCUACCGGAACCAGGCCCAAAGGAAAUCUUCUCAGUACCACGCAUGUACAAAACAGAAUAUAUGACAUACGCCAGUGGAGAGACUGUCAAAGUCUAACCUUUUUUAAACUUGUGUAUAUCAAGACUUGUUUAUGCAGUCGGCCAUAUGAUUGGUCAAUAGACUUUAUACAAUAGAUUGUGUACAUACAUGAGAAUUAUGCUGAGUUUUUAACAAGCAUGGUCACAGAAUCAAGGAAAUUAAUUUAAGGCUUUUUUUUUACUGAAAGUCAAAUAAAUGUAUAAUUAUGUGAACUAUAUGUGUGGUGUUUAUCGAGGGUGUGGGCACAAAAGGCAUAUUAAGUACAGAUAUCACAACCGUCCAUAGCUUGAUAAGUAUUUUUUAGAAUGUUGUGGUGUUUAUUGUUUGUUUUAUGUCACUGCGAUAUUUCAGCAAUCAUGAUGGAAAUAGGCAGGGAGGUAGAGUUGAGCUUACUGACAUUGACCCACUUAAUGUUGGUUGGUAUGAUAAUUGUGAAUGGCACCCAAGAAUGUCUGAGUAUCCUUGUGUUAUACAAGCCUCACAUCCACCCUUGCUUUGUUAUAGUAAAUAUUACCUUGUAAUAAUUGGAAAUUCACUGCUUAAAUAGCAUGUAAUGCACAGAAAAAAUACUGUAUACAUGCAAUUUAUUACUGUGCAUAUGACAUGUAUGUGCAAUAAGCACAAAUAUAACUUCUACUACACCUUAUUGAUGGAAUGACUCUGAUGUGAUUUCUGCAUGAACUUGUGUUCUUUGCUUUCCUCUGUAUAGAUCCAUGCAAUAAAUGCUUGCUUUCUUGCAUCAAAA